ACACCGUGUGUUACGGUUCCCGUCACAAACCCGGAAGCAGUGCACGCUCUCCCUCCGCUCCCACCACCACUGCUCUCUCGCCUCUCUGCCGCCUUCUUCUGGCAACACACGAGUUUAACUUCUGCCUCUCCAAAUGGGGGCAACUUAUUGACGUUAACCGUUCAGUGGUAACCAGUUAGUUCGGCUUUCAGGGACAACGACUUUCGGUGAAUAGUCCUCGGCGGUAACGGAGAGCUAAAGGCUGAGCAGCGCGUCAAAGUCAGUGACAUUGACACACAUCGGUGGCGGUGGUGUUGUUGUGCUGCUGCUGCGGUGCACAAGUCAAUGUGUGGACGGUGACGGAGCGCUUUCCACCGCAGUCCUCCCCCAGCUUCUGCCGCCACCAUGAGCGAAUACUUCAGCCUGUCGGACGGCGACGUUAUCGGCUUCGACCUGGACCACACACUGUGCCGCUACCAUCUGAAGGAGACCUCCAGGCUGAUCUAUGAGAGCUUUGCCAGGUAUCUGGUGGAGCAUAAAGGCUAUGACAAGGACCUGCUGAACCUCACCCCUGCUACCUGGGACUUCUGUUUUAAAGGACUGGUGGUGGAUCUGGAGGAUGGAAACCUCGUGAAGCUGGCUGAGGAUGGAACCGUCUUGCGAGCGACACAUGGAAGCAAUGACCUCAGCACAGAAGACAUCAUCAAACAUUAUGGUCCAAAGCGGGAGUGGAAGCACUUCGACGACCUCAAUACCUCCUUCACAAGAUCUGCAAAAUACUAUUUCUAUGACAACUACUUUGACCUGCCUGGGGCUCUCCUGUGUGGAAGAGUUGUGGACAUGCUGAAUAAGCGAGGAAAUGAGGUGAAUUCCGAUUUUUGGAAAGAUAUGCUUGCUGCCAUCGACCACAAUUACAACACGUCGGCAUUCAAAGAGGAUGCAGGGACAUACUUCCCCAGUGUGAAGAGGGACCCGGGCCGGUACCUGCAGCCCUGCUCUGAGUCAGUCAAGACUUGGCUGCGCAGCAUGAAGAGCGCCGGAAAGGUCCUCCUCCUCAUCACCAGCUCCCACAGCGACUACUGCAGGCUCAUCUGUGAACACAUCCUGGGGAAGGAUUUCGAAGAGCUGUUUGACGUCAUCAUCACAAACGCCCUGAAGCCCGGUUUCUUCUCCUUGGUGCCCCAGCAGAGGCCCUUCAGGACCCUCUUGAACGACGUGGAGGAGAGCGAGGGGCUGCCGUCGCUGGAUAAACCCGGCUGGUACUCCCAGGGCAACUGGCCGCACCUCCACGAGCUGGUCAAGACCAUGACGGGCAAGCCGGAGCCCAAGGUAGUGUAUUUCGGAGAUAGCAUGAGGUCGGACAUGUUCCCCGCCAGCAGCUUUGGGAAGUGGGAGACGGUGAUGGUCGUGGAGGAAAUGGAGGGGGAAGGCGUCCCGAAGAGUGACGCGGUGAUGUCCAACGAGGCCCAAGUGGAGCCGCAGGAGAAGAAGGGAAAGUUUGAGGAGCAGGGCAUGAAGUCCCCCUCCGAUGUGUCCAACCAGUGGGGCUCCUACUUCGUCGACGUACACGGAAGCGGAGGAGGGGACGAGGAGAGCCAGAAACUGACCUGGUGCUGCCACUGCAUUCACAAAUACAGCACCAUGGCCAUCCCUAGUGUUGAGCACAUAGCAGAUCUCCCUCUGGAUUACAAGUUCCCCAGGUUUUCUCCCGACAAGCCCUGCACCACCGGCUACUACCCCAGGCCCCCGGAUUCUUUGCUGAAGAGGUGCGAGAGUCUGUCGUAAAAACGAAAGGGAAAAAAGUUUAAAAAAAAAAAAAAAAAAAAAAGGAAACGUCCUCCCUUACCCCUUCUGCCUCAGGAGAGGAAUGUGCCUCCAUUUUUGCCUGUAGUUUCCCACCUGACCCCGCCGCCAUCUGUGGAGCACAGGAAGCAUACACUCCUCACCCAUUCAGAGAAACCAUGUGAAUGUAAGCCACAGUAUCUCUCUGUAAUAACGCCUACAUUUGAACGUCGUUUCGUGGUUUAGUGUACGUGGAAAUACGACAAAAGUAAGUGUGUGUGUGCGUGUGUGUGUGUGUGUGUGUCUGCAUACAGUAAUAACAGAAAACGUAGUGUUUUUUAUUGUUUCAUGUGUGAGGCCCUUAUUAUUUUCUGUGUUUAAAUAUCUGAAUUCUUUGAAUUUUUCCAAAAUAAAGUGAACAUUUUACUGUC